GCGCGUUAAUGCCCAAUUUAGCAUUGUAUUGUGGGUUUCUUUUUCUUCCAAAUAUCAGGCCAUCAAACCCCCUCAACCAAAACCAGGAAAAGCAAAAGAGAGAGAGAAGAUAAUCAAAGGCUUCUCUUCUCUUUCGAUACAGCUUCCUUUGACUGUCUGUUGGAUAAACCAUGGUUCUUGACAGCAUUGUAUCAUCUCCCAUGCGGAGAUCACAGUCUUUGCGAAAGCAAAGGGAUGAAUUGGGUAGUUGGUCAGCACUUGCUCAGAGACACCGUUUCCUCUUAACAGCUCUGGUUCUCUUGGCAUUCCUCUGUACUAUAUAUCUCUACUUCGCAAUCACUCUAGGAGCUGCUGGCUCAUGUUCUAGAUUGACUGGAACCCAAAGGGCAGUUUGUCAAUUAGAGCGUGCAAAGGCAUCUGUGUCUGAAGGAAAGUUGAAAUUCGCUUAGCAUGUUCAUGCUAAUCAUCUCUCUUGGUUGUGUUAUUAAGCUCAUUGGUGGUCCAGUUAUCCAAAAGAUAUUUAGUUAUGAAGUCUUAUUGUUGGGGAAGCUAAUAACCCUUGUUACAUGGCAUACUUGUGGGACUGGCCACCUAGUUUCCUGAGUGUGUGUUGUGAUCUUAAGAAAAAAUUUUCCCGGCUGUUUGUGUCCUGUAGAUUGUUGUAAUAGGCUGACAAGCUUUGAGUCAUAUUUUAGAAAGCAUAUCACAUUCUUUGUACUUUCAGCUCGCAGACCAUCUAAAAUGUUAGCAUUUGAAGCUUAAAAUUGCAAAUGUACUUGCUCUAUAGCAGAAUCUGAAAUCAGUUGAAAUUGUUAUUAUUACUGUUGUCAUCUAUACUGUACCUGAGUUCAUUACAAGA